AUGCCCGACGACUCCCACCCGUCUUCCUCCUCCUCGUCCGCACGACUCAGGAAACGGCGAUGGACUCGCGACCAGCUGCACAAGGCUCUUCAGAUGAUCGGCGACCUGGGCACCCCUUUGCCCUCCACCCUACCGCCCUCGCCCCCACCUUCCCGUGCCGCCUCACCGGUAGUCGGCUUCAAGCGGAAAAUAGACUCUUCUACCGAUUCUGACCCCGUCAAACGGCCCAGAACAAAUCCUCUCCCAUCGAGAACAUCUACACAGCGUCAUCCACCCUCCACCUCUCCAACCGAAUCCGCCAAUAUCUCCCUUUAUCAGUCCUCUUCCCAGACCCAGCAGCCCCAACCACCCUCAAUAUCCCACCGUCAGUCCAAUUUCGGUCCUCUGUCCGCAUCCGCGCGCUCAGAGCCCGAGGACGGCGAGGUCAGGGAGGAAGAGCCCAUCGUCAUUCCCGUCCCUCGCGGAUCGACAAUAGACGUUCCCAUCCGCCGGCCCAAGAAAGGCAGGCCCUCCUUCAGGCAUUUCGACGAUUUGUACGACAAAUACCACCAGGCAGGUCGUAUACUAAAGUACUCCGGAGACGCUCGUUUCUGGUCAACAUACCCUCCAGGGCACAAGGAGCAUCGUCCUCUUCUAGAUCCUCCUCAUCCUAGCUCGCCCUAUCACAAGCAUGGCGGCCUGAUCGCCCGAUUGGAACUCCUUGACGCACUUGUCUGCUUCACUUAUUCAAUAUGGAAUAAAGAUUACGGCAGGCGCACUUGCAUCGUGCAGACUUGGAGCACCAUUGAACCUUUUGUGUCAUGGUGCAAACAAAAGUGGCAGAUUGAAGAAGGUACUAGUGACGCAGAGAGAGCAUUCCUCGGUUUGGUAUACAUGAUCGAGGCCUUUAUUCGGGGCCGAAACAUGUAUCAUAGCGUGCACAACUCUUUGGAUGCCGAUAUGGAUAAGGUUCUGGAGGGUGCUGAAAAGAAGAUCGCAUCCGCUGCUGCCGCGGCUGUGGAAGCCGAUCCUGUAUUCGCAGCAAGCUUGGGCCUUCUAAAUGGAAAGGCUCCACCUAUGCUGCCCUCUCCCAGCAGUUCAAACUCGACGCCUGCUAAUCGAGAUGAGGGCACACCUUCAAACAAUACUGCCAAUGCUGCCACUCGGGCAACACAGGCUGCGAACCACGCCGCGUCGCGCGAGUCUCAGUAUACUGGCUCUGUGCCCUUCAAGCUCUUGCCACAAUAUAUCCGGGAAAGUACCACCCCGAUCCCACCGCAUGUCAUGACUGCCAUGUCGAACGUUGGGGAGCCCAUCAAUUCUACCCUAGUCCAGAGCCUCAAGGAUCUGACAACAAACUAUAACCACACUGUUUGGUGCACUCAGGCGUCCCAGCAGACUUUGAAUCUCCCAAUUCUCAGGCGGUGUUUCCCCCAGACUUGGGCACGUAUGAUGUAUUCCACCUUGUCUCCCACGGAGGAACAUGAGCCGGACUUUGAAGAUGAAGAGGGCGAGUUGUAUUGGCCGGAUCAGUGUGUUAAUGGAGAGGGCAUUGGAUGGGUUUGUCUCAUGGGCAAGGCAAUGAUCACGGAAUUUGGCAAGGCUUAUGGUUACAAGGGUCUCGAAGGAGCGGUUCCCAAGCCGAAACCUGGGGAUGCCGCCGUUAAUCCACCACCGCCUUCGUAUACUCAAGCUACCCACUCGCAACGACAAGGUCCUCCUCCAACCUAUACCUCGCAAGCACCAUCACAACGGAGCGUCGGCAACCCUUCAGGAGCACCACGAUGA